GUAUGUGUAUAUAUAUAUGUAUGUGUAUAUAUAUAUAUAUAUAUACACACACAUUACUUACUCUUCUUUGUUGGUAUUCUCUCUUAAUCCAGAGACCAGUAUCUCAGAGGUGCCUCCAUCGUCUCCUCGGUUAUCCAGCAACCUGCAGGAAGUCACCUGCUGUCUUGGACCAAUCACAGUGAGGGGGCGGCGAGGAGAGCCAAUGAGACACUGAGAGAGAUGGGACGUCUGAAGACUGAGAUGAAGAUGCUGCUGACGCCAGAAGACUCUCUGAAGACCACCACAUCUGGACCAGACCACUACCAGUCGCAACAAAACCUCUUUCAGUCCCAACAAUCGAAGUCCCAACAAUCGAAGUCCCAACAAUCGAAGUCCCAACAACCCCAGUCCCAACAACCGAAGUCCCAACAACCCCAGUCCCAGUCCCAACAAACUGAUUCCCAACAGUCCCAGUCCCAUCAAAGUCCUUUCCAAUCAAUCCGGUCCCAACAUUGUCAGACCCAGUCCCAGCUCUCCCAGCAGUUCCAGUCUUUGCUGGUCCAGAGGAAACCAGUGGUUCCGUCCACAUUGGAGGAGGUGGGUCUGGUUCUCCGUCAGGUGCGGAGACAGAAGAAGGUUCUGGAGGAGAAUCUGGAGGCUCUGCUGAGAGCAAGAACUGGAGAUGUUCUGCACUGCCAGCUGGAUGCACUGGCUGCUAACAGAGACUGGACAGAGGAGGUCCGAAUUAAGAAAACAGUGGACGCCUGGAUCAGCACAUCAACCAGAGACAUCCAGGUGAGUUUAGUAGUGGACCACCGUCCUCCACCAAUGACAACGCUGCACAGGUCGUCUGUCAAACAGCUCAUUAAUAUCCAUGUUCAGGUGAAUGACGUCAUCGUGAUGAGGAGGUCAGCUGACGUAGUAUAAAGACUCCAGAGUCGUGUGUGUGUGUGUGUGU